AUGAGGAAUUUGUUAGUUUUUGCUAUUUUUUGUAUAAUUAUUGAGAAUAUUUUUGGAUGUGCGCCAGAUGUAAAAUUCAAAGAAGAUCAUCAUAGAAGGUAGGGGAGGAGAUCUAACAAGUUAGCCUAAGUUAUCAAUUGCAGAAAAGAAUUGGACGAAAAAUUUGUGCACAAUUUAGUGGAACUCAAAAACCACGAGGAGAUUUUGCUGAAGGCUGUUGAGGCGCUGAAAGUUGCGCGAACUCAGAAAGAUGAUGUGGAAAUUGAAAUUGAUUAUAAGACGAGAAUUGCGGAAAUUGAAAAAGAAUUGAGAAAUACCAAAGAGGAUCAUGCGAAAUUAUUGUGAGUUAUUAUGACGUGGCAAACAUGGAAGUUUUUGAGAAAAGUUGAAUUUUGGAGUUAAAUUCAUGAACAUAGGGGAUUUUUUGGGGAAAAAUUCAAAAUGUUUUUGAAUUUUUGAGUUUUUAGGCGCCUAAAAUUUUCUACUGUUUCAAAAUUUGAAAAAAUAUUUUUAAAUGAAACCAAAUUUGAUCUGAUAAGUAUAGAACAAUAAUUUGAACCCAAAAAUCAGAACAAAUGAAAUUAUUUAUAUUUUCAACAUUUAAAUAAUUCACUGUUUCAAAAUUUUCAUAAAUUUUUAGAAUUCAGAAAAUUUUCCAAUGUGUUUUUCAAUUUUGAUAUUAAAAAAAUGUUUCCUAAAUUUGCCAAGUCAUAAGUUUUUGUGUAAGGGAAAUCUAAAUUUGAUUUUUUGUUCACAAUCUGAAAAAAAACAUUUAAAAAAUUCACUAUUUCAAAAUUUUCAUACAUUUUUGAAGUAUUAAGAAAAGUUGAUACGGUUGCUGUGAGAAUCCAAAAAUGAGAAUAAAUGAAUUUUUUUUUCAAAAUUUAAAAAAUUCACUGUUUCAAAAUUUUUAUAAAUUUUUAGAAUUUAGAAAAUUUUCUAAUACCAAGUCAUGAUUUUUUGCAGAGAAAAACACGAUCAAUAUGUUCGAGGCUACGAUAAACCAAAAACAUGGUGGGAUACGAUUGGAAAAUGGACAGGUAAUACAGAUUUUUCUAGACUACAGUGUAGCCAAAAUAUAUAUAUUUGCAGGUGAUGCAUUUGGUCGUCUAAUCUAUCAAACUCUUUGUGCUCUUCUAGUUCUACUAGUUCCACUAAUUCUUCGACCAUUUCAAAGAAGAUGGCUCGAAUCAGUUAGAAAUGGUGGCCCAAUUAUUCAAGAGGUUUCUGGUAUGUGCAUGGCUUUUAUCGUUAGGUCAGGCUUGAAAAUAGGGCCGAGGCUUGAGAUUUGGAAAUAGGCUUGAGCUCAAACUCAGGGCCCAGCUUGAUAGUGCUUUAAAAAAUAGAGCUGGAAAUUUUUUCAGGACUACAGUAAUUCCAAUCCACGUGGCUAUUUUUUAUAGAAAAAAUAUCCAGAGUUACUGUAGUUUCCAAAUUUUCUCUAGAUCAAAAUUCUGGAACAUUUUGCCGGACUACAGUAAUCCUAUUCCACGUGGCAACAGGGUUACUGUAAUAUCCAAAUUUUCUGUAGAUUCAGAUUCUGCUCAAAAUUUUCCAUCAAAAUUCCAAAACCUUCCCCAACACAAAUCUUUUCCCCCUCAGAUGAUGGUCUAACCGAAAAUCCACGAAUAAGUUCACAAGAGUUACGUCAACUUCUCGAAGAUCCAAAAACAAAAUGA